GCUGAAUCAGGCCUUUGUGGGAGGCGGGGCUGCCUGUUGGUUGGCAGUUGUGGCGGGAGAAGCCCACAGUUCAAGUUAGAGCUUCCACACCCUGCAGCUCCAUCCCUGCGCAGCCCUGGCUGACCUCCACCCAACCUCCAGCACCCAGGAUGUGCGUGCUGUGGGACCACCAGGGGACUGUGAAACCAGGGCCACCCUGACAGACCCAGGCUGGGGGUUUUCCGGGCCCGUCAGGCUGAACACAGGAGCUGCAAGGUGACCAUGCUGGGGGUUUGAGUGCGCCCGCCUGGCCGAGGGCGCAGACAGCCUGCCCGGGACCUGCUGUCAGAGGCCAUGGACCAGCCGGCUGGGAGCCCUGAAGCACCGAGGCCGGGAGCGGGUGGCGACGGCGGCAUGGAGCCGGGCACCUGCCAGGAGCUGCUGCAGCGGCUGCGGGAGCUGGAGGCGGAGAACUCGGUGCUCGCCCAGGCCAACGAAAGCCAGCGGGAGACCUAUGAGCGCUGCCUGGACGAGGUUGCCAACCACGUGGUACAGGCACUCCUGAACCAAAAGGACCUGCGGGAGGAGUGCAUCAAGCUGAAGAAAAGAGUGUUUGACCUCGAACGACAGAACCAGAUGCUGAGCUCCCUGUUCCAGCAGAAGCUCCAGCUCACGGCAGGCUCCCUCCCUCAGGUCCCACUUACCCCCCUCCAGCCUCCAUCAGAGCCGCCAGCCUCCCCCUCCCUGAGCUCCGCCGAGGGACUGGCCACCUCGCUGCCUCUGGGGCGCUGUGCUGGGCAGAGAGAGGUGUGCUGGGAGCAGCAGCUGCGGCCAGGAGGCCCAGGACCCCCGGCCACCCCACCCCCAGCGCUGGACGCCCUGUCCCCGUUUCUUCGAAAGAAAGCCCAGAUCCUGGAGGUGCUGAGAGCCCUGGAAGAGACUGACCCCUUGCUUCUCUGCUCCCCUGCCACCCCCUGGCGGCCUCCAAGUGAGGGUCCUGGCUCCCCGGAGCCCAUCAAUGGCGAGCUGUGUGGCCCGCCCCAGCCUGAGCCCUCACCCUGGCCCCCCUACCUGCUCCUGGGCCCCGGCAGCCUGGGCGGCCUGCUGCACUGGGAGCGCCUCCUGGGGAGCCAGGGGGAGGAAGAGGGUGCUGGGCGGCCCUGGGGCCCCAGUCGGGGCCCCCUGCAGGCCCAGGGUGCCGUCUCCGGCCCACCCUGUGCGCCGGGCAGCAGCUCCUCCUCCUCCUCUGAUGAGGCCGGCGACCCCAAUGAGGCGCCCAGCCCCGACACCCUGCUUGGGGCCCUGGCCCACAAGCAGCUGAACCUGGGUCAGCUCCUGGAGGACACGGAGUCUUACCUGCAGGCCUUCCUGGCCGGGGCCGCCGGCCCACUCCACGGGGACCACCCAGGCUCCGGGCAGCCGUCCUCCCCAGACCAGGGCCCACAGCUAUCCAAGUCCAAAGGCUUCCCCAGGUCCACGUGGGGCGGAGGCUCUCCAGAGGCUCACAGGCCGGGCGGUGAGGGCCCGGAGCCCCUCCCCUUCCUCAGCAUGUUCGUCAGCGCGGGCGGCGCCCCCCUGGGCUCGCGGCCCGGCCACCCCCACCCCUCAUCUCAGGUGAAAAGCAAGCUCCAAAUUGGCUCCCCCUCUCCUGGGGAAGCCCCGGGACCCCUCCUGCCCUCUCCAGCCAAAGGGCUCAAGUUUCUAAAGUUGCCUCCGGCCUCAGAGAAGGUCCCCAGCCCCGGAGGCCCCCAGCUCAGCCCUCAGCUCCCCCGCAACUCCCGAAUCCCCUGCAGGAACAGUGGCUCGGAUGGCAGCCCCUCCCCGCUGCUGGCCCGAAAGGGCCUGGCUGGAGAACUGUCCCCAGAAGGGGUGCAGGGCCUGCCCACCAGCCCUUCGCCCUGCUCCGCAGCCCCGGACUCCGCACAGCUCCGGCCGCCCCCGCCAGCCUUCUCCGCCGCGCGGUCCCCCGGGGCCGCGGUGUCGCCCUGCUACGAGAACAUCCUGGACCUCUCCCGGAGCGCCUUCAGGGGGCCUUCUCCAGAGCCACCCCCAUCCCCGCUGCAGGUGCCCACCUACCCACAACUAACUCUGGAGGUGCAGCAGGCCCCCGAGGUCCUCAGAAGCCCCGGAGCCCCCCUCAGCCCCUGCCUCCCAGAAUCCUGCCCCUACGGGAGCCCCCAGGAGAAGAAUUUGGACAAGGCGGGCUUGGAGUCUCCCCAUCCUGGCCGCCGGACCCCAGGCAGCUCCGCCAAGAAGCCCGGCCAGGGGUCAGGACGGCGACCCGGAGACCCCGGCCACACACCCCUGCGGGACAGACUGGCAGCCCUGGGGAAGCUGAAGGCCGGCCCCGAGGGGUCCCCGGGCCCAGAGAAGAACGGGGCGCCAGCCAGGCUUGGCGCGGAGAAGGUGCGGGGAGCAGGGAGGUCCGGGGAGGGUGCUGGGGACCUGGCGCUCUCCAUCCCCAGGCCCCCUGAGCAGCCAGACGCCAAGGGGGCCCUGCGGGGGGCAGUGGCCUUGGGCACGAGCAGCCUGAAGCAGCAGGAGCCCGGGCUCCUGGGGGACCCUGGGGCCCGCGUCUACUCCUCCCACUCCAUGGGGGCCCGGGUGGACCUGGAGCCCGUCUCACCGAGGAGCUGCCUCACCAAAGUGGAGCUGGCCAAGAGCCGGCUGGCAGGGGCCCUGUGUCCCCAGGCACCCCGCACCCCUGCCAAAACACCAACCUCAGCCCCCAGCCUGGGCAAGCCGAGCAAGAGCCCCCACGGCAGCCCGACAAAACUGCCCUCCAAGUCACCCACCAAGGUGGUGCCCCGGCCCGCGGCCCUGCCAGCCACCAAGGAGCCCCCGAAGCCUGACAAGGGGAAGGGCCCACCGUGGGCAGACUGUGGGGGCACCACGGCUCCGCCCGCACCCUCGGCACCUGGCCCUGCCGACCCGAGCCAGGGCCCAGAGGGGCGGGCCCUCCACUCGGCCAUCGAGGAGAAGGUGAUGAAGGGCAUCGAGGAGAAUGUCCUGCGGCUCCAGGGCCAGGAGCGGGCGCCGGGCACCGAGGCCAAGCACCGCAACACGAGCAGCAUCGCCAGCUGGUUUGGCCUGAAGAAGAGCAAGCUGCCGGCACUCAACCGCCGCCCCGAGGCCGCCAAGAGCAAGGAAGGGGCCGGCGGAGGCUCCCCGCUCCGGAAGGAGGGAAAGGGGGAGUCCCGGAAGCUGGAGGCAGAGAGCCUCAACAUCUCCAAGCUGAUGGCGAAGGCGGAGGACCUGCGCCGGGCGCUGGAGGAGGAGAAGGCCUACCUGAGCAGCAGGGCCCGGCCGCGGCCCGGGGGCCCAGCGCCGGGGCCCAGCGCGGGGCUGGGGCAGGUCCAGGGCCAGCUGGCUGGCAUGUACCAGGGCGCAGACACCUUCAUGCAGCAGCUGCUCAACAGGGUGGAUGGCAAGGAGCUGCCACCCAAGAGCUGGAGGGAGCCCAAACCCGAGUAUGGUGACUUCCAGCCAGUGUCCUCUGACCCCAAGAACCCCUGGCCAGCCUGUGGACCCCGGAAUGGCCUGGUGGGCCCUCUGCCGAGCUGCGGGAAACCUGGGAAGCCGAGCAGCGAGCCAGGAAGGCGGGAAGAGAUGCCUUCAGAGGUCAGCCUGGCCGAGCCAGUGCCCACCUCCCACUUCACAGCCUGUGGCUCCUUGACUCGAACCCUGGACAGUGGCAUUGGGACCUUCCCGCCCCCAGACCAUGGCAGCAGUGGGACCCCCAGCAAGAAUCCUCCCAAGACCAAGCCACUGCGGCUGGAGCCCCCACCCGGGGGUCCCCCAGCUCGGCCGCCACCCCUCACCAAAGUCCCCCGCCGCGCCCACACGCUGGAGCGCGAGGUGCCCGGAAUAGAGGAGCUGCUGGUGAGCGGGCGGCACCCCAGCAUGCCCGCCUUCCCCGCACUGCUCCCCGCGGCUCCCGGCCACCGCGGCCACCAGCCCUGCCCUGACGAUCCCUGCGAAGACCCAGGACCGCCCCCUCCCGUCCAGCUGGCCAAAAACUGGACCUUCCCCAACGCCAGGGCAGCCGGCGGCUCCACGGACCCUUUCCUGUGCCCACCCCGGCAGCUGGAGGGGCUGCCCAGGACCCCCAUGGCCCUGCCCGUGGACCGAAAGCGGAGCCUGGAGCGCAGCCGCCCCGCCACCACGCCGCCCCAGGGCCCGGCGUUCGGGGGCAGCCGCACCCCCAGCACCUCGGACGUGGGUGAGGAAGGCAGAGUGGCCAGCGGGGGCCCCCCAGGCCUGGAGACCUCAGAGUCUCUCAGCGACUCGCUCUACGACUCGCUCUCCUCCUGUGGGAGCCAGGGCUGAGGAGCUGGCCUCGGCCCCUCGCAGACAGACUGGACCGGCUCUCCUCGGGCCCUGCCCCCUCGGGGCAUGGGGCUCCUCCCGCAGGGACCAAAGAGGCAGAUGGAUCAGACGGUGAAGGGGGCGCCCGGCACCCCACUGCCCUCCGCGGCCGUGGAGGAGAAGACCACUCUCAGCUCAGGGAGAGACCCCGCCUUCGGUCCCUCGUCUCACCCAGCGUAAGGCUCUUCCUCUGAGGGACUGGGCUCCAGGCCGCUGCCCAGCCCCAGCUCCUACUUCAGGCUGAGCCGUCUUGUGGUGCUGGGCUUCUGCCCGCCAGCUGUGCCAUCUCCGGCAACCCGGCUGCUCCCGCCCCGCCC